AGGGGCCCUCGUACGGCCUUCUCAGUCGUACAAAGACAUCACCAAAUGGCGGAUGCAGAACCAGCCGGUGGUGCUCGCGGUGGUUUUCGUGGUGGAUUCGGUGGCCGUGGUCGCGGACGAGGCCGUGGUCGUGGCCGAGGAAGGGGUCGUGGAAGGGGUAAAGCCGAAGAUAAGGAGUGGGUGCCUGUAACUAAGCUUGGACGCUUGGUUAAGGAUAUGAAGAUCAAAACUUUAGAGCACAUUUAUCUCUUCUCUCUUCCAAUCAAGGAACACGAGAUCAUUGACUUCUUUCUUGGUGCUGCCCUGAAAGACGAGGUGCUAAAAAUCAUGCCUGUACAGAAACAGACAAGAGCAGGUCAGCGUACACGGUUUAAGGCUUUUGUUGCCAUUGGUGACAGCAAUGGACAUGUUGGUCUUGGUGUAAAGUGCUCAAAGGAGGUAGCAACAGCUAUUCGUGGUGCUAUUAUUCUUGCUAAGCUCUCAGUCAUUCCUGUUCGUCGUGGCUACUGGGGUAACAAGAUCGGUCAGCCUCAUACUGUACCUUGCAAGGUGACAGGCAAAUGUGGUUCAGUACGUGUGCGUCUUAUUCCUGCACCAAGAGGAACUGGCAUUGUUUCUGCUCCAGUCCCUAAGAAACUGCUUCAGAUGGCCGGUAUUGAGGAUUGUUAUACCUCUGCACGAGGACAGACUGCUACUUUGGGCAAUUUUG